AUAAGUGUUCUCAUCAGUUGUGGUGCAGUGCUGCUGGGGAACAAGCGACCUCGUCUCCACCUUGGUUGUAUCCUGGAUACACCAGGACGUUCCUACGGUGUCUACUUCUUCAUUGUUCACAAUAUUAAGGAUAUUAUCAACGCUAACUCGAUCAUGAAAGCAAUGUUUACGGUACUGUAGUAUAAAGUGACUUAAUACGGACCAGAAACUGUCUUAGUAAGACACUUGUUUGGUAAGACUUUAUAUCAAGAGCAAGACCGACUGAGAAGACUGACAUUAUUACUGAGAUAAUGAAGCGUGAAAACACGGACGGGAGCAAGUCGGUUCACUGUAGAGGUUUGCCAGCUUUACUCUGUCUUCUACGACUCUUGGGUUGUUUCCCUUUCACAAGAGUUACCACGGUAGGAGUGACGUUGGUUAGGUGUGGCCAGCAGACUUCAGUAACACUCAAGAGGACGUGGCCUUUGCUGGCAUGGUCUGUGCUGUUUGCGGUAGGAAAUGUCUCUUUUGUGAUCACUAACGCCACCAAAUGGAUAAGGAAACAUUCUAUUCCCUCACCACUAGGUGUCGCUGCCCUUGGAUUCUACGUGAGCAUCAUGAUUGCCACGUGCGCCUACCUCUACCAGGUCACCAACAGUCACCGCCUCGCGCUGAUCGUUAUUCGUUUCCAAGAUUUACUCAACAACGUUUCAGAUGUGCAGAAACUUUUCCUUCAGAGUAGUGGCAGCAAGUUAGGAAACGCUGGCAGCCAACAACCUCUGCGAUGUAUUAACAAGUUGAGGCUCAUGUUUAAAGGCAUAGAGAAAACUGAUCUUCUAGUAUUUGUCUUCGUGACCUUGAUUAUGGUUGAAACUGGUUAUUACAUGUAUUUAUCAUUGUACCAUUAUUAUUAUUUGGAAGUAAUAAGAGUCUUCUUUUCUUCUCUCCUGCGUCUCGUUUUCACCUGUUUAAUCACUUGCUUCAUGAGGACUCUUGCAAAGACACUCACAGAAACGCGACGCGCUAUUGCUACGCACCUCGAAUCCAAUGACCGUUUGGCAUACGUCACCUGCCCCAUAUCUCCGGUAGACGACCCAGGCACAAGAGACCUCAGUAAAAGUCAUCAUGACGCACGGCACCUCAACACCAUGGGCGCCACACACCUGAGAACGAGCGCACGUGGACAAGACUGGAGUCUCCAUGACUUGGUCCCGACCAGCGUGAUAAAUGAGGCACAACUAAAGACUUUUGAAUCACUGCUGAGACAGGUAGAGACGCUUCAAGAUCGGGUGUUUGACUACUUCGGGCCACCUCUCAUCUGCCAUUUCCUAAACAUCGUCCUGAGCUCAAUCGCCAGCACCUACUACCUCCUCACUUGGGAUGUGGCUCUCGUCACAAGAAGUCUGGCAAUACUCACCAACAUUUUUAGCAUUGUGCUUAUUCUACACGGGACCUGGAUAAUGCAGAAGGAGCGGGACGCCUCCGUGACUUGGUUGAAGGACGAGCUUCUCCAAGUUGAGGACGAACGUGUACUGGCCAGGGGCUGGUGGUUGGUGGGUGACAUGCAGAGAACACUGUGUCCCAAGGCAGUGGGCUGUUUCACCCUCGACAACCACUGUUUUGUGGCUGUGAGUGGGGAGUUUCGUGGCGACCUACGUGGUGAUCCUUCUCCAGUUUACUACCAACAACACUACCUCGGCCUUCACGACCUCCCACCCACCGACUACGGCCUCCAGUGGCCUCUAAGACUCCUGCCUCCAGUAACCUCUAAGACUCCUGCCUCCAGUAACCUCUAA